GUGGCGCUGGCAGGCUUGGUCGGGUUGGGUCGGGGCGGCGGCGGAGCGGUUCUGGACGCCUUGCCGCCUCAGAACCGGUGGUGACGCCUCGCCGGGAGCACCUCUCUUCCUGUCUCCUACUCUCCCCCCCACCAACAUACUCCAUUCUUGCUUGCCUCUAGCCAGGCGCUCAGAGGGUGGUGACGCCGCGCCCACCCCCGUGGUGGUUCGCCACACACCUCUGUCGCCAGGGAACACAAUCGCCAACAUCGCCGGGAGAACAUCGCCUCCUUCCUCCCUGCAGUGAUCUUUGAGAACUGACAAAAGUUACAAGGGAAGGUUAUGUAUUCUUUCCCCUGAUGACACACAACUGCUACAACGGAUACAGUGAUCACUAAUCUUAGUGACAACGAUGUUGUUUCUCUUCUUACUGUAGAUAUCUGAAACUUACGGCUCGGUGGAAGUUUUCCUCCUUCGUGGUGAAGCAUUGUCGCGAAAGUUAGCCUGUGCAGCUUCGACCGCGACCAGCGGCUGCGUGCUGGGAAAUUUGUGUUCUUGGCUUAACGUAUUUCAGUGAUUCAAAACACUAGUCAUCUAAACUUAAGCAAACCACGGUGUGACCACAAGGUAGCGGCGUGGUGGUGUGGCGAGGGAGACCCGAGGCCCGGUGGAGGAAGCAUUGCCAGAGUUACUCUCAUUCUUCUUUAGAUUAUGACUCGUCCUCGUCUGCCUCUGGUCACAGACUUGACUUUCACUUUCUGACAGACUGUCUGUACUUCAAGUAACCCAUCUCGUCGAUCAGUAUCACAGGCACUAGUGUCUGGUUGUCUGUUUGCUGCCUUUGAGGUAUUACUGAUAGGUUGAUACCCUUCAGCGCCGAAGGUAUUACUGUAUAUAUAUAGUGCGUCGUGUCAGUGAAUGUGCUGCGUGUUGUGCAUAAACCAGCGGCGGCCAGGGCGGCGGGAAGGAAGUCAGGUGUUAUCCUCCGUAAUGGCCCUUGUCACCCCCAGUGUCAUUCGAGGGCGGGCGGCCGAGGGACUCCAGGGGUAAUUGUCUUGCCCCGUUUGUUUCCUUCCAUUGACGCACCGCCUGGCCCGCCCCGUCGCCUCCACCAUCAUGAACAAAGAAGAAGAGAACACUCCGUCGUCCCCUUCCAAGGGGAAGAUUCCUGCCGUCAGCUUCGGCACAGCGGCCUUCAUCCUCAUUCGUGUCAAGAGAGCUUUCAAGAAGAAGAGAGCAAAGCUUAAAAGCUUCCCCGACCUGCCUGAGAAAGAUGAAGAGUUGGAGCAAGAGAGCUCGGUGAAAGAAGGCGGCGUGGUGAGGUCUCGUCCGCCCUUGGUCAGGAGUCGCACCCUGCCUGCCAUCGUGGUGCCUGGGGUGACCGUCCUGCAGACCGCCUUGGAAUCUACGGACCGCCGAGAUGCUGGAGGCACGAGUCGUCACCAGGUGGUCCCGGCCGAAUCUCCGGUCCGCCCGCUCCUUACAGUCACCACUUUUGAGUCUGGCGGAGGUGAGCGGAGCAGCCCAGGUCGCCUCUCCUUGGGGGACGGCGAAGGCCUGGCCAUGUCCCCCGGCAGCGGUAGCGGCGGCUCCCCCGGCAGUCUUAAGGUGCCCGGGGCAGUGGCGUCCACAACAGGCGGCCUAGGCAGGAUCGCGAGGUUGCUGGUUAAGGAUACUUCCCGCAGCGGCGAGGAGUCCUACAGGAGGAGGACGCACUCCCUGGAGAGCAAGAACGGGGUGCCUCCUCUGCGGCGCGCCACCAGUAUAGACUCCCUGGUGGAUGCCAGUGUGGUGAGCGCCUCCAGCAGCAGCCACGCCAAGACCUCGGUGCUCAACAUGACUAAGUCCAACGGCCACCUCCGCUCCUAUCUGCCAGUGUCCCCGGCCCUCUACAAGCGCCCGAGUUUCAAGUUCGACAAAACCUCAACUUCUACAGGUGAGUGGAGCAAGUCUUUGGGCAUGCCGGCAGCGUGUUCAGCCCUGUCAACCAUGGAUGACGUGCUGGUGGAUGGACUCAACCCCAGCAAGGCCGACCGCAAGAAACUAGAGAAGAUCAACAUCCACCUACACGCCCUUUUUGCAGCAGUUGAGCAUGGCCAGCUUGAGAAAGCCAAGAACAUUUUGGACCACAACUCAGCACAGCUUGACAUCAACAGUGUCAACAAGGAUGGCUCCAAUGUUCUGGAGGUGGCAGUGAUGAACAAUCAUGUCGCAUUGGCCAAAAUGCUCCAACAGGCUGGUGCCACAGAGAGCAGUGCAGGGACCAUCGAGCAGCGCAUCCUUCAUCUCAAUGAACUCGUGGCUACUGCUGAGCGCCGCCGGGAGGAGCUGGACUCCAAGCUUUGUGGCGGAGCAGCGCAUGGCCGGGAGACUGAAAGGCAACGGGACUUGUGGGACAGGCGGGUCAAGAUGCUGCGGAAAAUGAGAAUGGGGUUAGAGCAAAUGAAGGUACCUGGCUCACCUAGUCGAGCUGCCUUAGAGGUCAUUGACAGCACAAGAGUGAGGGUCACCUUUAAAGAACCUGAAGCUGAGAAUUUUGCUAUAACAACAAAAUACAAAGUGGAAUGGAGUUUAGACGAAUGGGCUACGGUUGGUGGAUGUCUGGAGAUCUACAACCUACGGCGAAUGUCAGUGUUUGUGGAUGGCUUGGCACAGGGCAAGAGGCACCACUUCAGAGUGCUGGCUGGCAACAUGAAGGGCUAUGGCACUCCUCUGAUCACCACUCCACCUGCUGCCAUACCAUCCAGCUGGAGAGAUGCAGAUUCUCAGAAGCCUCGGCUGGAUGGCCAGGUGGGAGAGCUGGAUGAUCUUUUCAACCAAGUGUGCAACUCUCGGCCGCAACACGCGGCCGAGAUCAAGGCGAUAGAGCCGGGUCAGGAGACACCACUCAACCUACGGAAAGCACAGAAGAAGAAAAGCAUUAAAAAUCUCUUUACUCCUGCUCCAAAGUUUCAUAGAAAUUUGAAGAAGGGCUCCUACAUGGCAUGUGUGGUCUACUGUGAGGACAAAGUGCUGGUGACAACUGAAGAAUUUCCUCCUGUUGUAGAGGUUGAUGAUGACUAUAUGGGCCAGGCAAGAUCACAUUUUCACUGGCUUUUGAAGGUGGCCACCACCUGGGAAGAUGUGAAAUCUCUGCGGCAGGACAUGGAACGAGCUGGGUCAGCCUCCACUGUGCCCUUCAGAAUAAAGUUGCUGCAGGCUGCUGCAAAUAUGCAGACAACCCUGGGCAUUCAAGAUCUUGGACAGUUUUACCACAAGCCAAUCGUGGGCAGCAACGGCACUCUGGUGUUUUGCACCACCCGCCAUGUGAAGAGCACCAAAGUGAUCUCGGCCAUGAAUGUCAAGUGGAUCCCACUCUCAAAACUAAAAGAAAAGAAAAGCACAAGUGCCAAUCAAGGGUCAACACAAGGAGAAACAGGAACCUCAGCUGGUGACCUCCUUCUGUCAUCACUGCAAGACCAAAUACUGUAUGACCAAGUGAGUCGGGUUCCCCUGCGGCGAGGGUUGUACCUGGGCUACCUCAAGCUGCAGAGUUCAGUGGAUGUCCUUCACGUGUCCGUGCCGGAGAAGACGCCCAACAUGUUCCCGCACGUCAAGAUAAGGGACAAUCCACAUGUUUCUAGAGAGGAAUGGGAGUGGGUGCAGAGGUUAGAGACUUGUAGUGCUGAGCAGUGGCCCAUAACAUCAGGGGCAGAGUCUGAUGAAGGAGAUGGAAAGACAAGUUCUCCCUCUUCUGCCCAGCUUGUUUGGCAUUCUCAGCUAUGUAAAGCAGUUCAACUAUUACUCAAUCAGUUGGAGGUUGAUGAAGAGGCACAAAAACAACAUCGACUUUAUUGUGGAGAAGUUUUAGAGCUAAGCCCAGAUGUGUCUCUUCUAUUGAUCAUGCCACCAGUGGAUGCAGUGUGCUGUGCCCCAGGACAAGAAGACGCCCUCUUGUCACAGCCUUCCCUUACAACAUUGCCUCUACAGAUAUUUGAAAUGAUCCACAUGGGAACAUACCAGAAGGAAUUGAUUGGGAGAUAUGCCCGUCUUUCAUACAUCUUGGAGAUGGACACCCUGAUGGCUCAGCAUGCCAGCAGAGAGGCAUUCAGUAAAGAGGAAAUUAAUUGCUCAAGAUCCCGGCUGUGGCAGCUCCAGUCCUUCCAAGAACAGCUGGACGUUACGUGGCGUGGCCUGCGCUGGGUGAUGGACGCCAUCAGUUAUGCCCGAGACAAAGCUGCAUCUGGUGCCCUGGUGACCAAUCUGCUGUCUUGUUCUUUCUCACCAACCAAUCAUCAUUCAACAGUACAACAGCCUUCUCCACACAUUCCAGCUGCCACUACACCAAUACAAGACACACACAGUUCCAGUGAAUCCCUCCAACAUGGUGCAGACAGUAAGAGAUUAAGAAAAGAUGAUGACUUGAACUUCAGUGUAAAAAAAUCAGAUACCCCAAGAAUGUUGAAAUCUAACACUUCUGAGAAUAUUCGAGCUGCAGUGAAGUACGAAACGAGAUUUCAUAAAUCGAAAACGACAGAGUGUUUAGUUCACAGUAGUGGAUGUGUGCAAAGUUGUGGUAAAUCUUACAAUUCGCUAAAUGACUGUAUGUUAGACAGUGGAGAACAGAAUGAAAAUGUACCCCUUCUAACAUGGACUCGUGAGAAAAUGGAAUUUAGUGGUGACACUAAGUUGUACAGUAAAGACUUCCCUACUUCUAGAAGCGAGAACCAUUUACAACACUGUGUGGACCUCGGGUAUCCUCCAAGAAAGGCCAGUGCUCCUCCAUUUUAUGAUAGUCAUGAGGGAUGCUUGAAAUCAAUGUGUUGCACGAGUGAGCCAAAAAUAAAUCAGACUAUUACUUCCUAUGAAUGUGUGGAGCAAGGGAAGAGGAAAAAGAAUAGCUGUGUUGACUUAGAAUAUGAAGAUGCCAUGGCAAGUGGGAAAUCCCCAACCAGUAGUUGUUUUGACUUGCAACGAUACGGUAGUAAUCUUAACGUUGAAAUGCAGCGAGCAGGAAGCAGUCUUAGCCACGACUCAGAAGCUUCAUUUUCCAGCAUGACUGCCAGCUUACGGUCUCUCUCCUCCAAUGAAACUGAAACAGAUACCUUGAGUCUUAUGUGCUCAGAGAGUGGCCGUAGUGAGAGUAAAAGCACAGAAGGUGAAGAAGCGAGUGAGGGAGCUGCACGCAACGAAGACUGUACAAUUAUACGGGUGUAUGCUGCAUAUCAGACAGGCAUGGCAUCUGGUACCUCAGUUAAAAUACACAUUACACCCAGAACAACAGCAAGAGAAGUAAUAGACUUGGUGGUGAAGCAGUUAAAUGUGGCUGUUGUACUCAAAGGUAAAAGUGGACCUACAUAUGGCAAUGAAAAGCUCAAGGAUUUCUGUUUGGUGGCUGUGAUUGGAAUGCGUGAGAGGUGUUUGCGUGAAGACUUCAGGCCACUCCAGCUACAGAACCCCUGGAAGAGAGGAAAGCUUUAUGUGCGAAUGAAGCAAGACGUGUUGGCUGCUCUUGAGCAGAGCAAUUCCCGACACUCGGCUUACCUGUAAUAUCAACCUUCAUUGUACAUUCCACAUCAUGCAUAAUCAUACUAUAUUUCAUAUUCCUAUUCAAGAACAUUUUUGUACAUAUAAAUGUAUAGAGAAAAAUGGCUAUGUUCUGUAAGAUAGUUUCCAUUCCCACUAAACAUAGCCAAACAGAAAGUGUUCCAGUAUUGGGAAACCUAUGUUGCAAGUUAAGUAUAGUGUUUUCUAUACCUAGUGAUGGAAACAUCACAGACCUUUGGUGCAUAUUUAUAUUAUAGUGUUUAUUGAAUGAUGAUUAGAGACUUUCCUCAAAAUCCAUCCCAAACACACAUUACUGGGAGUUUAAGAAGGUCCCUGGUAUGAGUGCAUAGUUCCUGCUCAACUGAUCUGUUCCAGUUCAUGUUUGAACCUAAUGGCAUUCCAAAUCAUGAAGCAUAUUUAUAAUUCAACAUUUCAUACAGUACCUUAUUUCCUCCUUAGGAUUUGUGUGUCCCAUUACACAUUUGUCUCAUUCCUUGUUGUAUGUUAUACUUGCUAUUUUAUUUGAAAGGUGUUCAUGGUACUAAACUCCAUAAACAAUUGCUUCACUUGUUGUCUGCAUAAAAUUUUAUUUGUUUCAAGAAGUUUCUUAAGAUUUUGCUAGAUAAGACAUUUUAAGUACAUUGGUAACCACUUUUUGUCAGCCAUAAUGAUAUGUGACUGACCUAUGUUAUAUUAAAUGAAAUCAGCUGUGAUGAAAGGUCUUCUGGCAGCAAGUUGUGGGUCAUCUUCAUGUGGUUUGGUGGCCUGACUUCAUGCCUGGCCAGCGACCUACUGUUUCGCUAGGAUAGACAGAGAUUAUGUAAACAAGUGGUCAAACCAAUCUAUUUAAGCAACAUUGGUAUUCCUUGGUGCAUAUUCCGUAAUAUAUUUUUGAAAUAUACGAA